GACCGCUACUUGAAAGCAGUCAACGAUCGCGCUGCAUUGUGGCGAUCGAAUGGCCGCCUCGUCUGAUGUCUGUCCAUUCUGUUCUUCUGUAAUUAGUUUUACUUUAUUUGGUGAUCCACGCGUGCGGUGUCUCACGACGAACGAUCCGAUUUAAUAAUAUAACAGCUAUAAUAAUAUUGACAAACGUAACAUUGAAAUGGAAAAAAGUGGCGAUGGAUUGCUGUUUCGCGCUGAGAGAAAUAACGGUGCCGAUGAAGUAGCCAAGGACAUUGUUGAUGAAAGAGUGGCUAUCUUAGAUGCAGGUGCACAAUAUGGAAAAGUGAUAGACCGAAAGAUUCGUGAAUUAAAUGUCCAUAGUGAAAUUCUGCCACUCGAAACGCCGGCAUUUACUCUUCAAGAGAAAGGAUACAAAGCUAUUAUAAUUUCUGGGGGUCCUAGCUCAGUAUAUGCGGAAGAUGCACCCAGAUAUGAUGCCGAUAUCUUCCGAAUAGGAAUCCCUGUAUUAGGUAUUUGUUAUGGAAUGCAAAUGAUAAACAAAGAAUUUGGUGGUACUGUAACCAGAAGGGAGAGUCGAGAAGAUGGUCAAUUUCCCAUUGAAGUUGAUACCAAGUGCCUAUUAUUUAAGGGCUUGGACAAAGAACAAAUGGUACUAUUAACGCACGGAGAUAGCAUAGACAGGGUAGCCGACUGUUUUCGUACUACUGCCAGAUCGUCAAGCUUUAUAGCGGGUAUAGCGAGUGAUAAGAUGAAUUUGUAUGGCGUGCAAUUUCAUCCAGAAGUGGAUCUGACGCCCAAUGGAAAAUCGAUGUUACACAACUUUUUAUUCGGUAUCGCGGGCCUUACGGGCAAUUAUACGCUCCGCGAUCGGGAGGCUCAAUGUAUACAAUAUAUCAGAAAUACUGUAGGCGAUAAAAAAGUUUUGUUAUUGGUGAGCGGUGGCGUGGACUCGACGGUGUGCGCGGCUCUGUUACAAAAAGCUUUAAGUAAGGAGCAAGUUAUAGCACUACACAUUAAUAACGGUUUCAUGCGUAAGGGAGAAACGCAAUUCGUUGAACAAAGUCUAGCCCAAUUGUGUGUAACGUUAAGAGUAGUGAACGCUGGUCGCUAUUUCAUGCAAGGCACGACAACUGUCCCAUUGGACAAUGUCGCGCCUAUGAUAAACGCUAAUGUCACGAAUAAUAAAGGAAUAUGCGGCGCAACGAGUAGCCCGAGAACCAGAUUAACCAAGAUGUUAUGCGAAACUACCAAUCCAGAAGAGAAACGAAAGAUCAUAGGGGACGUUUUUGUAAGAGUCGCAAAUGAGGCGAUGGCGGAGAUGGGAUUGAAGCCGGAGGAUGUUUUCCUCGGGCAAGGCACUCUCAGGCCCGAUCUUAUAGAAAGUGCAAGCUCCUUAGUCAGUGGUAAAGCGGACGCCAUAAAGACGCACCAUAACGACAGCGAGCUUGUGCGAGUAUUAAGAGCGCAGGGACAUGUAGUCGAACCGUUGAAAGAUUUUCACAAGGACGAGGUGAGACAGUUGGGAUGCGAUCUCGGAUUGCCGGCAGCGCUCGUCGCGCGUCAUCCGUUUCCCGGUCCUGGACUCGCAGUGCGAAUCCUAUGCGCGGAUGAGCCUUACAUAGAAAAAGAUUUUUCCGAAACGCAGGUGAUAGUCAAAAUAAUGGCAGAGUACGAGCAGAUGCUUCAGAAGAAACACGCGUUGUUGAAUCGGGUGGAAGGCACGACGACCGAACUCGAACGUCAACAACUCCGCAGGGUCUCGAGUCAUCGUCAUAUCGCAGCGACUCUCCUGCCCAUUCGUAGUGUAGGAGUUCAGGGCGAUCGGAGAAGUUACAGCUACGUGGUAGGCUUGUCGUGCGAAGAGACUGUAUCCGAGGGAGUGGAAUGGGAAGAUAUGUUGUUCCUCGCAAAACUAAUCCCGCGCGUGUGUCACAACGUUAAUCGUGUGUGCUAUAUCUUCGGACCGCAACUUCAUCAUCCAAUUCAGGACAUCACGCCUACGUAUCUCACCUCCAAUGUGAUAGCGACGCUGCGGCAAGCGGAUCACUUGGCUAAUCAAGUGUUAACUUCAAACGGCUGUAUGGGAACCAUCAGCCAGAUGCCCAUUGUUCUAAUCCCGAUACACUUCGAUCGCGACGCGGCAUGCCGAACGCUGUCUUGUCAACGUUCCGUUGUGCUCAGGCCGUUCUGUACUAACGAUUUUAUGACUGGCACGCCCGCCAUUCCCGGCAAAGAUUUGCCAAUACAUGUGGUGAAAAAGAUGGUGACUGAAAUAUCCACGGUGCCCGGUAUUUCACGCGUUUUAUAUGACCUAACGUCUAAACCACCGGGAACAACUGAAUGGGAGUAGUGAACGCUCAUCUGGCCCCUUUCUAUUUUUUCACCAUCCCUGCGCGCGUAACGACAAAGUGAAAAAAAGUAUAUUUAAAAAAUAUAUAUAUAUAUAAUAUUACGAUAAAGAUACACGAAUUCGAGGUUAAUGACUUCUUACUAAUUUAUACAAGACCUUCGAGCAAACUUUUUCAAAGGUAUGCAUUAAUCGAGUCGUGUAUUACUGGCUUCUCUAGACAAAGAAUGGCAUUUGCGUUCGAUUAAAAAUUUAAAGGUAAGUAUUAUAUAUGUUUGCUUGUAAAUAGGUUUCUUAUAUUUACUACACUUUGAUUAUAGAAGUCUUAAUUUAUUAAAUUUCCGAGAUUUCGUAUUCACAAUCACCGUUAUUACAUCUCGAAUCAUUGCAUCUGAUCGACGGUACCAUUAUAUUGUUGUUGUAUUCUAUCUGCAUAUAACGUUGAACAUGUUUCACGGUUCUCCUGUAUGUCUUAUGCCAAGUGCAGUCCUCAAUUUUUGUUAUACAUCUGCAAUACAGACAUAAGAAGGCAUAUAAUAAUAUUUAAUGUAUCAUAUGUCGAAUAUUUUUAUUUAUCGAUCAUAAGCGAGUAAAGCGAUAUUCAUUGCUUAAAAUCUCCAGCUUUAUUAUUAUUUAUUAUCCAUUUGCGCGUUAUACGGAAAAUUACGGUUAAAACGAAAAACCUCUACUACAAUACAAACAUUUGAUAGAGAUAAUUUACCUGUGCAUGGUUUUCAACAAGAUAUGCAAAUCCUCGAUACGUUUCUUCUGUGGAAGCAUGCUGAGGAACGUCGCAAGUGAUAAAAAGUCCACUUCAUUCACGACUUUAGACUUAGUGACCCAUGUUUGUAUCUGUAUUUUUACCUAUGAAAAUAUUCCGUUCAAUUCAAUACUGAGGCCAAAAAAUAUCAUCAUAUAUUUUAAUAUAGUUUUUUCUUAACAAUAAUCCGUAUGUAUAUAUUAAUUGAUGAAAUUAUUACAAAGCAUUAAAAGCAGAUAUAAUUUUUCAUUGAAGAUUCUUAAUUAUUUAAUAUAAUGGAAGAAAAAUCGAACAUUUCUUAGUUAUUUAUUUCAAUGAUAUACAUAUAUAUGAAAACAAGUGCGUUAACGAUUUAUACCACACGUUUGUUUAUAAACUAGAUCUAAGUUUUCAAAGUGUGGUUAUUUCUAUUUGUAUGAUAAGAGAAUCUAAAACUGGAAUUAUAUAUCGUGAAAUAAAA